AUGUGUUUUGGCAGUCAGAAUGAGGGAAACAACGACCCUCCUACAAGGCCGGCGCAGAAUUAUGACGGCGGGAGGACAAGUGUCUCGGCAAACCAGUAUUCUGCACCGCCGCCGGGAUAUCACAGCCAGCAGCAUGUCCAGCAGCAUCCCCAGCAGAAUAGGCCGCACGAGGACUUUGCGCCCCCUCCUGGACCGCCGCCUGGCAGACGGCAAGAAGACGACUUUGCGCCUCCUGCUGGGCCACCUCCAGGACGACAGCAGCAGGAUGAUUUUGCUCCUCCCCCGGGGCCGCCUCCCUCUCAUCAGCAGAGCGACUUUUUUGCGCCGCCGCCGGGACCGCCGCCAUCUAAAAAAGACGAUUGGAUUGUUCCUCCAUCGGACCCCUAUGGCUCCCAGUCUUCCAAGGUUCACGACUGGGAGGCCGCUGUGCCAGACACUUCGCUCUUCCCACCGCCUCCCAUGAUCUUCAGCGGCCACGACAGGUCGCCCGCCAACAAUGCGACUGAGAUGGAAGCAGAGGAGGGCGAGAAGUGGUGCCGACAGCAUGACAUGGUCAAGGAUGUUGUGCUCGACCAGCCGGGCAAGAUUGCGCUGCAAUCCAACAACUUCCAACUUCAGGUGCCGGUAGGCUUCAACGGCCGCCUGAGACUCCUUGCGCCAGGCCACUGGGAGGGCCAUACCAACAAGAACAGCCCCGACCGCUGCAUCAUCGGCUACCCUCCCCUCUACGUGGCCAACAAGCACCGCCCUACGGUCACCAACCGCCAGCCAAAGACUAUCUACUACGAGGUGACCAUUCGCCGCAACAGCCCCACCAUCAACCUGGCCCUGGGCUUCACUGUCCUCCCCUAUCCAUCCUUCCGCCUUCCUGGAUGGCACCGCGGCAGCUUGGCUGUUCACGGAGACGAUGGCCGCAAGUACAUCAACGAUCUCUGGGGCGGCAGAGAUUUUACGUCAGAGUUCCGCGCGGGCGAUACGUACGGUAUUGGCAUGACAUUUCCGACGACGGGCGACGUCGACGUCUUCUUCACGAAGAACGGCAAGCGAAUUGGUGGAUGGCCUCUCCACGAGGAGACGGACGCCGAGCAGGAUUUGCCGGUCACGGGGCUGGAGGGCGAUUACGACUUGAGCUGUGCGAUUGGAGCGUUUGAUGCGACGGACUUUGAGGUUGUGUUUGAUCCGUCAAAGUGGCUGUACCGGGAGGCGAGGUUUGAUCUUUGA